UAAAUAGUUUCUUUAAAUAAGCACCCUGUAAAGCCAGGGUGUGCACUAAGGGAUGAUUUUUCUGUUGUGAGAAAACCAGGAUGGCUACUUCCUCAAUGCAAGAUUUCCUGUUAAGCAACGCGCUGUGCUCGAAACAGACAGUUAAUACUCACGCCUGAAUCCAGUACUUGGUCCAAUAUAAUUCUUAUAUUAUUCUUAUAUCCUUAUAUAUUCCUCCUCUUCCUCAUCCUCUUCACCAUCUUCAUCACCUUCAUUACUUGUCUGCUGGGUAAAGGGAACCAUGCUCCAUCUCACAAGCCUGCUGUUGAUUAUACUCAUAAAUGUCGUAGAAGCUGCAGACAUGGUGUCCAUCAGUGUCGUGGGUCACACAGGACCAAUGAUUGAGGGCACAUGGUACGAGCUCCGGUGUGACGUUCAGAAAGUUGCUCCUGAUCAGCUCCUCACUGUGAGGUGGUACAAAGGACAAACUCUACUGACAGAUACGUCCUUUAAUGACUCCAUCAAGACUCCAGUGGACAAGUCUGCGACAUACUGGAUCUUUGCCAACACAACUGAUGAUGGAGCUGAGUACCGGUGUGAGGCGGUGCUGAGACAGAGACAAGCAGGACCUCAGCCUCCUACAACUGAGAUGUCAGAGCCUCUUCUUGUUACAGUAUACUGUAACUGUCCUGUUGUUCUUCAGCCUCCUGCAGUGGUGGUGGAAUACGGAACUUCUGUCUCAGCGAACUGCUCCACUUCCAAGCCACAUUUUGGGAUGGCCUGGGAGGUGCCUCAGGGAGCUGUGGACCUGAGGGAGGAUGUCCAGCUGAUCACCUGGAACUUGUCUAGGCUUGAGGACUGGGACAUAAAGCCAUUAUGCUACAUUAACAUAAAAAACCAAACAAAACCAGAUAAAAGGCAUCUCCCAGUUAUUGUGUAUAAAACUCCAGACAGUGUGUCCAUUAGCAUCGUGGGUCACACAGGACCAGUGACCGAGGGCACACAGUACGAGCUCCAGUGUGACGUUCAGAAUGUUGCUCCUGUUCACCGCCUCACUGUGAAGUGGUACAAGGGACAAACUCUACUGACAGAUACGUUCUUUAAUGACCCCACCAAGACUCCAGUGAACCAGUCUGCUACACUCCAGAUCUCCCCCAGCAGAGCUGAUGAUGCAGCUGACUACUGGUGUGAGGCAGAGCUCAGACUGGGACCAGCAGCACCUCAGCCUCCUCCUACAAUGAAAUCAGAUCCUCUCAACAUCACUGUGUACUAUGCUCCACAAAUUGUGUCCAGAAUGAACUCGGUGCUGGUGCCGAUACUUAGUGACGUGUCACUGAACUGCAGUGCUGAAGGGAAUCCAGAACCUACAGUGAUGUGGAGCUUUAAAAAUCAAACUAUCAUCACUGGGAGGCGACAGAGUACACUAACAAUUUCUCGAGCCACAUCCGCUGAUGCUGGCAUAUACACAUGCACUGCUACCAGUCUAUCUUGGAGCCAGACACGGGAAGUCAAGGUGGAAGAAGAUUACAGAUUUCUACUCAUAUCAGUUUUUAUAAUAGUUUUUAUAAUUAUAUUUCUUAUAAUAUUGGUAGCAUACAAGAAAAAACGAACUAGAAAUUAUGUGAGACCAAUGAUUGAGGGCACAUGGUACGAGCUCCGGUGUGACGUUCAGAAAGUUGCUCCUGAUCCGCUCCUCACUGUGAGGUGGUACAAAGGACAAACUCUACUGACAGAUACGUCCUUUAAUGACUCCAUCAAGACUCCAGUGGACAAGUCUGCGACAUACUGGAUCUUUGCCAACACAACUGAUGAUGGAGCUGAGUACCGGUGUGAGGCGGUGCUGAGACAGAGACAAGCAGGACCUCAGCCUCCUACAACUAAGAUGUCAGAGCCUCUUCUUGUUACAGUAUACUUAUAUUAUUCUUAUAUCCUUAUAUAUUCCUCCUCUUCCUCAUCCUCUUCACCAUCUUCAUCACCUUCAUUACUUGUCUGCUGGGUAAAGGGAACCAUGCUCCAUCUCACAAGCCUGCUGUUGAUUAUACUCAUAAAUGUCGUAGAAGCUGCAGACAUGGUGUCCAUCAGUGUCGUGGGUCACACAGGACCAAUGGUUGAGGGCACAUGGUACGAGCUCCGGUGUGACGUUCAGAAAGUUGCUCCUGAUCAGCUCCUCACUGUGAGGUGGUACAAAGGACAAACUCUACUGACAGAUACGUCCUUUAAUGACUCCAUCAAGACUCCAGUGGACAAGUCUGCGACAUACUGGAUCUUUGCCAACACAACUGAUAAUGGAGCUGAGUACCGGUGUGAGGCGGUGCUGAGACAGAGACAAGCAGGACCUCAGCCUCCUACAACUGAGAUGUCAGAGCCUCUUCUUGUUACAGUAUACUGUAACUGUCCUGUUGUUCUUCAGCCUCCUGCAGUGGUGGUGGAAUACGGAACGUCUGUCUCAGCGAACUGCUCCACUUCCAAAUCACAUUUUGGGAUGGCCUGGGAGGUGCCUCAGGGAGCUGUGGACCCGCAGGAGGGUGUCCAGCUGAUCACCUGGAACUUGUCUAGGCUUGAGGACUGGGACAUAAAGCCAUUAUGCUACAUUAACAUAAAAAACCAAACAAAACCAGAUAAAAGGCAUCUCCCAGUUAUUGUGUAUAAAACUCCAGACAGUGUGUCCAUUAGCAUCGUGGGUCACACAGGACCAGUGAUCGAGGGCACACAGUACGAGCUCCAGUGUGACGUUCAGAAUGUUGCUCCUGUUCACCGCCUCACUGUGAGGUGGUACAAGGGACAAACUCUACUGACAGACACAUUCUUUAAUGACCCCACCAAGACUCCAGUGAACCAGUCUGCUACACUCCAGAUCUCCCCCAGCAGAGCUGAUGAUGCAGCUGACUACUGGUGUGAGGCAGAGCUCAGACUGGGACCAGCAGCACCUCAGCCUCCUCCUACAAUGAAAUCAGAUCCUCUCAACAUCACUGUGUACUAUGCUCCACAAAUUGUGUCCAGAAUGAACUCGGUGCUGGUGCCGAUAUUUAGUGACGUGUCACUGAACUGCAGUGCUGAAGGGAAUCCAGAACCUACAGUGAUGUGGAGCUUUAAAAAUCAAACUAUCAUCACUGGGAGGCGACAGAGUACACUAACAAUUUCUCGAGCCACAUCCGCUGAUGCUGGCAUAUACACAUGCACUGCUACCAGUCUAUCUUGGAGCCAGACACGGGAAGUCAAGGUGGAAGAAGAUUACAGAUUUCUACUCAUAUCAGUUUUUAUAAUAGUUUUUAUAAUUAUAUUUCUUAUAAUAUUGGUAGCAUACAAGAAAAAACGAACUAGAAAUUAUGUGACAUAAUGCGUAACAAUAACUGCAUUGCCAUGAAGCCAUUGAAAAACAACUGACACGGGUAAUUUGGACAUGACAGAAAAUGGCUAAUAUAUAUAAUAUAUAGCAACUAUUUGAAAACAAAGUGUAUAAUACUGAAAGCUGAGGGAAAAAUCUGAAGACAGCACGUUCCUCCAUGCACACCUACCCCCACCUUUCAACAGACAGACAAGAGGCAAGGACUGUUGAUCAGUGACACGAGUAAACAUAUUGUGGAGGUUGGUUUGGAUUUUUAAUGCUGUAACCUUUUUUUGUAAUUAAUGACAUUAGCCUUACAUUUACAUUUUAUAUACUGUAUUACAAAGCUUAAACUGCUUCGCUAUAAAUAAAUGUGGUUUGUAAAGAA